AUGAAGACCGCCAUAGGUUUCGCUGUUGCCAUCGCGGCCGGCGCAGCUCGUGCUUCCGGCGUUCAAGGAUUUGAUAUCUCCAGCUAUCAAGGCACCGUCGACUUUGCUGGAGCUUACAAGUCUGGUGCCCGAUUCGUCAUCAUCAAGGCGACCGAGGGCACUGACUACAUCGACUCGUCCUUUUCAAGCCACUAUGACGGGGCCACCAGCGCCAAAUUGAUCCGUGGCGGCUACCACUUCGCCCACCCCGACUCCAGCUCCGGUGCUACCCAGGCCGAGUACUUCCUUGCUCACGGCGGUGGUUGGACCAACGAUGGCCAAACUCUCCCGGGUAUGGUCGACCUCGAGUACAAUCCAUCUGGCUCUACCUGCUAUGGCCUGAGUGCAUCCGAAAUGGUUUCCUGGAUCAAGGAUUUCGGCGAUACGUAUAAGAGCAAGACUGGUCGUCCUCCCAUGAUCUACACCACUGCUGACUGGUGGAAGUCUUGUACUGGGGACAGCACCGCUUUCAGCUCUGACUAUCCUCUAGUGCUGGCUCAGUAUGCUAGCUCGAUCAGCACGGUCCCGGGUGGCUGGUCCUUCCAGGACUUCUGGCAGAACGCAGAUAGCUACACCUAUGGUGGUGAUUCUGAUAUCUGGAAUGGCACCGAGGAUGAGUUAGUUACCUUUGCAAAGGGUUAA